AUGAAGGUUCUACCUUUGUUUUUAUCAGUUAUCUUGGUUUUGGCCAAUCAACAAGAUCCAUACAAAGUUCUUGGAAUCAGAAAAUCAGCGACCGCCAAAGAAAUCAAAGGCGCUUAUAAAGCAUUGGCAAAAGAAUGGUGAGAAUUUAUCUUUCAAAAGAAUUAAAAUCCAAACAUUUUUGUAAAAAUUAUUCAGGCAUCCCGAUAAGAAUGGAGCAUCAGAUGCUGCUGAAAAAUUUAUGGAAAUCAGUAAAGCGUAUGAAUUACUUCAAGAUCCAACAAAACGUGAAAGAUAUGAUAGAUUUGGAACAUUUGAUGAUACUCCAGCUGGCGGAGGAAGAGGUGGUUUCAGUGGAGGAAGAUAUGAUCAAUUUUUCGGAUAUGGUUUUGGAGGUUUUGAUGAUGGAUAUUUUGCAACACAUCGCAUUUCUCAUCGAACUUAUCAACAUUCUGUAUUGGAAAGAUCUGAAACUCAACCUUUCAUAAUUUAUGCAUAUUCAAAUUAUUGUCAAUUAUGUUUUAGACUUCAAUCUGUUUGGAAGUCAGCUGUGCAAGAUCUUGAACCUUUAGGAUAUGGAAUUGCAACUGUAAACGCAAUGACUGAUGGAAAUCUAUUAGAGAAAUUGAGAAUUUCUCAACUUCCAGCAAUUGUAGCUGUUGUUGAAGGACGAGUUAUUCCAUUAAGACAUAGUUUUGUUGGAUUAUCAGAUAAGUAAGUUUUUUUCUAAAAUUAAUUUGAAGAAGAAUCUCCAUCGAAAUCGAUGAGUUUUCAGAUCAAUCCGACAGUUUGCUCAAAAAGUGAUUCCUGAUUAUUUUAUGACAAGAAUUGGUUCGCGACAAGCACUAGCAAGAUUUGUCGAACAAUGGAGAAGCACAAAUAAAGUUGCUGUUAUUAUUCUUGGAGCUGCAGCUGAACCACGUGUUAGAUAUUUGUUAGCAGCUAUGAAAUUCUCAGGAUUUGCCAAAUUUGCCUAUGUUUCUUUAUCGGAAAAUACAGAAGAAAUCAUUUCGUUGAGAAGUUCUCUUGAUAUUAAAUGCACUGCUUGUGAAAAUGUUCUUGUUUAUAAUGAUUUUGAACACGUAAGUAUUUUAAAGCGAUUUUUUGAAAAUAGUAAUAUAGAUCUUAACUAUGGUUAUAAAAUUCCAACAUCAAUAGCAUUUUUGCAGAAUGACCCAGUUGCUCGCCUUUCAAUCAGCCAUGCAAGUCAACUCAAAAAAGAAACCCUCGAAGAUUUCAUUGAGAAAAACAAACUUCUAACAUUACCUCGAUUAUCAUCACAAAAUAUGUUUGAUUCAAUUUGUCCGGUUUCUUCUCGAUCUCCUCGUCAUAUUUGCGUGAUUCUUCCAGUUGUUUCUGGAAAAUCUGAAAAUGAUCAUGUUGAUGCAUUCCGUGAAUAUGUUCGAGAUACAAAAGAACAAUGGGCAAAUCGACAUGUUCAUUUCUCAUAUAUUUAUGUUGAUAAACAACAAAAUUGGUUGACACCGUUUAUUGAGAAGAAAAAGACUGAUUCUCAGGUAAGUUCUUAUUUCAAAUUUUAAUGGGGAAAAUUUUCAUGAAUUAUUGUUUAGAAAAAUGCUCGAGAUCUUUUGAUAAUUUGGAGAAUCGAAUAUGUGAAAGCCAAGUUUACUUGGUUGGAUAAUUCGUGGACUGGAAGAAAAGAAGAAACAAAUGAAAGAAUAAAUGAUGUUGUUGAACAACGAAAAAGAUUAGAUGAAACAAGUCGAAUCGGAAAUUUGAAUGAUGAAUUUACUUUGGGUUUAUUCACAAGAUGGUGUCGAGCAUUUUGGAGAACAAUUGAAACAGUUUGGUUUUAUUUGACACAUGAAGAAAUAUAUAUGGCAUUAUCUGUUGUUGGAACACUUUUGACAAUUAUGACAAUUGGAUAUUUAUUGAAUUAUUUUAAUGAUUCAAAAAAUGAUGAAAAAGAGAAACAACAGAAAAAGAAAUAUAAAGCAAAUGAUGUUGCUGAUUUGACUGCUGAUGGAACUGAAUGGCAUCCUGAAGAUCCGAAAGUUCAGGCGAAAGAACAAGAGGCGAAUGGAAAAAAUCAACAAGGAAAAGCACAAAGGUUUGAGAAAGGGAAAGGGAGGAUUUUUAAUUAGUUGAAUUUUAUGAUUGGAUAUUUUUUUCUGAAAAAAUUCUGAUCUAAUUAUUUUUAAAUGUAUCAAGUUUUGGAACAGUGUUACUGUAAUGUUCUAGGAAAUUUUUCAGUUUUGGGAAAAUAAUUCCUUUUAUAUCCUGAAACAAUGUUUUAUUUAUUUCAGAAUCAUGUCAAUAAUGCGACCAUUGAUGCACGAACUUCGUGCCGAAACAUAUUUUGGAAUGAUUCGUUUAUUGAAACCAGGUUGUCGGUCUCUUGUUUGUCUUGUUGAUGAAGAAAAUAAGGAACAACUUUUGACUCGAUUUGCACAAUCCAUUUAUCCAAUUAGGAAGUAAGACAAUUUUUAUCAGAAUUUCUUUAAUAAUUUUCCGAUUUUCAGCAAUAAAACAUUCUCAUUUGGAUAUUUGGUAGUUCCAAAAAAUCUUGAAUGGUUCCGAAAAUUGCUCGAACAUACACUUCCGACCGAAGAAGCUACAACUGCAAAAGGAGCUGAAAUGUGUCAGACAAUGUUUAAGCGACUUAAGGUAAGAAUUUUCUGUAUUUUAGUUCUUUUAAAUUAUUUCUGAUUUCAGUCAAUAAAUCCUCGACAAUGCAUCGGAACAGUUUUGGCUUUGUGCGGUUGGAAAUUGUAUUUCUCAAUUUAUCAUCCAAAACAUGUUGAAGCCAGCCGGAAAAACUUUAUCGAUACAGAUGAAGAUGAAUCAAGCAGUGAUGAAAAUGAAACAAUCGAUAAUUCUUAUCGAAAUGAUGAAUUUGCAUCAAUGGGAGAACGAAAGAAAUUGCAUAAAACAUCAUCACAAAAACGAAUUAAUGUUGGAAAUGUUUUGGAUGGUUUUCCAAAUUGGAUGGAUCGAUUAUUAGAAGGAUCUAUAAGACGGUUAGUUUUAUAUUGAAAAUGGUUUGAAAUAAAAUUUGCGUUAUUUGAAACUCAAAAUUCGAAACUUUAUGACGUGGCAAAAUUGUCAUAACUUUUUCUAGAAUAAUCCAAUAAUUCAAAAAAAGUAUAAACGAUUUUCUGAUCUUUUUCUAUUGCAAAAAUUCUAAUAAUAAAUUUCUAUCUGACAAAAAAAAACGAUUUUUUGAAAAGUACAAACAAUUUCCCAGACAUGUCUAGAAAAAUCGUAAUAAAAGAGUUUUCCAUAUUCAUUUUUAAUAUCAUUUUUUCAUUCCAGAUACUACAUCCCGGAGUGGCCAGAUAAUCUCAAGUGA